AUGUUCGGGACCGCCAGCUUUCUUCUGGCGUUCACCGCCGCCUUCGGUGGCACUGGCGUGUUCGCUCAGGAGGACCAGGUCGCGCCACUCGACCAGUACCCCUAUCCGGAUCCACUGAUCCGUAAUACGACCACGGGCACGUAUAACGGCUACCUCGACACAAACACGACGGGCGUGCCGCUGUACAAAUGGUACGGAAUGCACUUUGCCGCGACGACGGCGGGCGCGAACGCGUGGCGGCCCCCGCAGCCUUACGAUGUGCCCGAGGGCGUGCAGAACGCGACGGCGAUGGGCGAUGCGUGCAUGCAGGGAGAGUAUAACGCCGGCAAUGGGACGCAAAAUCAGAGCGAGGACUGCCUCUUCGUGAACGUUGUCGCACCCGUGGGCGCAACGAACUUGCCAGUAUACGUCUAUUCUUUCGGAGGUGGCUUCACGGGUAACGCAGCUUCGGACCCCAAGAUAGACGGGUCGUGGCUGGCUUCCAGGGAUAUCGUCUACGUCAGCUACAACUACCGGCUUGCGCUAUGGGCGUUCCCCAACUCGAUCGAGAUCGCCGAGGCAGGCGAGACGCAAAACCUUGCGGUCCUCGACACUCGUGCUGCUGUCGAAUGGGCAUAUAACAACGUCGCGCAGUUCGGUGGUGACCCUACCAAGAUCACCUUCGGAGGCGAAUCUGUUGGUGCAGAGAUGACGCUUUACUAUCUCAAUGCUUAUUGGGAAAACCCCCUCAUCCGCGGUGCCGUUAUGCAGUCUUCUGAUACGUCCCAACCCAUGUGGCAAACAAACAACCAGCUGGAUAUUAUCUCACGUAACGUGUCUUGCCCGACGAGUGGCAACGGUCAACUCGACUGUCUCCGCACUAAAGAUCCCUUCGAGUUGCAGGCGGUACUCAUUGAUUCUGGGGCACAAUUCCAACCCGUAAUAGACAACAUCACAGUCUUUAGGGACCCGGUGAGACUGCAGAUCACCGGGCAGACGACGAAGGUCCCGUUGCUUAUCGGGAAUAACAUGAACGAAGGCCAGACCAUCGUCAACGGUGAACCUACAUCAUACACCAACGAGACAGCUUACAUUAUGAGCAACAACUUCAACUUCCCCAUGUCGAAUAUUCCUCAAGUCCUGAGUAUGUAUCCGUCGCCGUCACCUGAGUACCCUAGCAUCAUCAACGCGACCUCGGCAAUGUGGCGGGAUGCACACAUGAUUUGUCUUUCGAGUAACCUCGCUCUCUGGCGAACACAGCUGCUCAAGCUUCCUGUAUGGCGCUACGAGUUCGCGCUCGUAGCGGAUAACUUGAAUGCAGAAGGCGCGUCUAUUGGAACGUUCCACGGCGAAGAUAUUCAGUUCGUUAUGGGCACACUCUACACCAUCGCUGACCAGGCGCCUUACAUUCCGGCUACGCCAUUCGAGUGGAACGUCUCCGACUACAUGGUGACCGCCUGGACCAACUUCAUCAAAGACCCAGAGGCGGGCCCCCGCAUUGAGGGCUGGCGCCAGUAUGACCCUGCUGACCCGACGUCGCUUGCUGUGCUGGGCAUCAGUGAAACAGGCGCGAUUCCCGGUAAUGCGAGCGACAUCGACCAUACUUGCGCGUACUGGAAUCAGAUCCUGCCGUUGUUCCCCGAGAUCUACCCUGAGUGUGGAACUUGGACGUGCGAGUCGUAA